AUGAUGACAACCUACUUCUUUGUUUUAUUAUUCAUACUGCCUAGCCAUGCUUUCAAGUUUCUUAUGUACGAGCCGAUUUUCGGCUAUUCCCAUACAAAGUUUAUGGGAUCCAUUGCCGAUGCGCUGACUGAAGCAGGACACGAUGUUACGAUACUGAUGUCAGUCCUAGAUCAAGACCAAGAAAAGUUAGCUGACCCAUCGCUUACCAAGAACCUCAUAAAAGUAGGACCAGAUCCUCGUACAGCCGAAAUAAUCAGGCAUAAAGGCGAAAAGAUGAGCAAGAUGUGGACAAUGCAGCCGACGCCGUUGGACUGGUUGCGAAAUAUUGUGCCCAUUCUGUCGUCACAGUUUGCUUUUCAAUGUGAGAAAGUGAUUUCUGACGAUACUCUGAUGCAAGAACUCAAAAGCAUGAAAUUCGAUGCCGGCAUAGCUGAGACCUUUACAAUAUGCGGAUUUGGCAUCUUUGAAGUGCUCAACCUUCCUGCUACUAUAGCGACGUUUUCUCGUGUUCAUUCGGACUAUGUAAGAUCUGCAAUCGGCGAGCCCUCGGGCGUCAGUUAUGUGCCUGGAAUGUGCUAA